GAGUGGAGCUCUGGAUGGCCCACUCCAGCUCCUGAUUCAUCACUGUUCAAUCUGGCCGAGGAACACACUUUUAAAGACCCUGGGAAGAUACCCGGGGAACCUGAGGUGGUGAUUCACCAAAUUAGAAUGACUCUAACCAGCUGCAACGUGCAAUCAUUGGAGACGGUACGUGCUGACCUGCUCAGAGGCGCAAAGGAAAAGAAUCUUGUCGUGAAAGGACCAGUUCGGAUGCCUACCAAGACUCUGAGAAUCACUACAAGAAAAACUCUUCGUGGUGAAGGUUCUAAGACUUGGGAUUGUUUUCAGGUGAGGAGCUGCAGGCGACUCAUUGAUUUGUACAGUCCUUCUGAGAUUGUUCCGCAGAUUACUUCCAUCGGUCUCGAGCCAGGAGUCGAGGUUGAAGUCACCAGUGCUGACGCUUAAAUCAGCUUUUUGAAUGAACUGAUUAUGGGUAGUUACAAAAAAAAAGAAAGAAAGAAAAAGAAAAAUCAGAGGGAUAGUGCAGUGACUCAUCAUGAGACCACCAUGGCAAAGGCACAGGUGUUGAAGCCAUACAGACCACUGUUCAAGUCUGAAACUCUGCCACCUAUUAGGAUACUUUGAGAAAGGCAUUCGGCUUUCCUGAGCCACACAACUGUGGCUGCAGCUUUAAAUUAGAAUUAAUAAAGUUGAGGGGCUCCUGGUUGGCUCAGUCGGUUAAGCGUCUGACCCUUGGUUUCAGCUCGGGUCAUGAUCUCACGGUUCGUGGGUUUGAGCCCCGUGUCGGGCUCUGCGCUGGCUUCCUUGGGAUUCUCCCUCUAAAAAAAAUAAUAAAGCUGGGAUAAAAAGAUAAUUUAAGUAAGUGAAAUACUAGACCUUAUGGAGUAGAUAUUCACUUGCUGGUUCUCCUUGCCAUCAUCACAGGUAAGAAAUAAGUUUAUUUCCUGAGCAUUAAUUUAUUCCCCAGGUAUUUUGAGUGCUCACUAUGUAUGUUGGAAAUUAGAUAUGAUUUAACAUCAGCUGAGGAUGUCAGUGAAGACAAAAUGAAAUCACUUUAAUGCAUAUGAAGGGACUAUGUUGCCCUUAAAUAAAAUGUUUCAGCUUAUAACUGACCAAUUAGAUUUCAGCUGCACACAAAUUGCUUUUGUUUGUUUUUAGACUUGUAUACUACAUCAUUCAUAUUCUCACCCAGUCUUUCUUGUGAUUAACAACGUAUUUGCAAGAUGGCCACACAGGAAAGUAAAGCUGGAAUCCAGCUCAUAAACAGUGGACUCCUUGAGUGCAACUGUCUCAUAGUUAACUGUGCCUUUCACUGCCUAGGGAUAGCAUAUAGACUUUGAGUUUUAUUCUGGAGGAAAUGGAAGGCUUCUGAAAACUUUGAUCAGAGGAGUAUCAUGAACUGACUAUAUUUGAAGCGACUUAUUCUGCCUUAUGUGGAGGACAGAUGGUUAAGGGGGCAAAGGUGAAAGCAGGGAGGUCUUUGGAUGGUCUCUGUGAUAAUAAAAGGGUGACAUUACAGUGAUUUGGUCUUAAACGGCUGUGGUGGGAGAUGGUGAGAAAUGAUUGGAUUCUGGAUCCGAUUUGAAGCUGGCAUGACAGAAUUUGCUGGUGGGUUGUAGUGUGGUAUGAGAAAAGGAGAAGAAUCAAGCCCUAAUCCAAGGGUUUGGGGACUGAGCCAUGAGAAAAAUGAUGUCAGCACUUAUUGAGAUGAAGAAAACCAGGAGCAGGGGAAAUCUUUUGAGGGGAAAGAUCAGGGAUACAAUUUUAUGUGACUUAAAUUUGAGACUUCUGUUAAAUACCCAAGAUUUGAAUCUAGAUUUCAGGACAAACUUUGAAGGAGGAGACAGGAAUUUGACUAUCGUUGGUGCCUAGAUGGGGUUCAGUGUCAAAUGACUGGGAGAGAUCACCGGAGAGUGGACGUAGAGAGAAAAGGAGACGAGGUCUCAAGUGUGAGCCCUCAAACGCUGCAACGUUUAGCGGUCAAGAAGACAAGAAGGAAUCAGCAAAGGAGGACCGAAGGAGACCGAGAAGAAGGAGGUGAACUCGACGAGAGACUGGCGUCUCAGAGACAAGAAAGAGAAAAAAUUAAGAGGUUUCGAGGAGAGGAAGAGGGAGUGGUUCGCUGUGUCAAACGUUGCCAAGUAAGCCCAAUAAGAGAGGGACUGAGGACUGAUCAUUAGAUUUGGCAACGUCUUAUUGAUAACCCUGACAAAAACUGUGAUCCUGGAAACACUGGGAAGGUGACCACUGAUUGGAUGGCGUUCAAAAGAAAAGAGGAGGAGAGAUAGAGUGAGAACAGACAUCUCUUACAAGAGUUUUGUUUUAAAGGGGAAGAAAGUAAUGGGGAAGGGGGUAACGACUUGAAAUGUAGGGUGUGAGCGAGCACGCACUUAUGGCCCAGGCACUGCUGAGUCAGACAGGAUGCUGGCUAUAGGUCUGGAGCAGGGUCUUGGAGGGCCCCGCUGAUCAGACUUUAAGCCUUUGGUUGCUGGAUUAUGGAAUGCCCAUGAGGUCCCGGGGGAGGGGUUGGGUUGAAAGAAAAUGGGAGAGGAGAGACUUGGGAAGCUCAGGGCAGUGGUUGCAUCCUGACGGGCCUAGAAGUGUCUCAGGACUUUAUCAACCAACAUGGUGGUACCAGUGUGUUUUAGUUGAACAUCAGCCUGGAUCCAUAAAGAGGUGUCUUUCUUUAUUAUCUUCAUUUAAAACAAUUUUUUUAAUGUUUAUUUAUUUUUGAGAGACAGAGACAGAAUGCGAGUGGGCUAGGGACAGAGGGCGAGGGAGACACAGAAUCCGAAGCAGGCUCCAGCUGUCAGCAAAGAGCCCGACGUGCGGCUCGAACUCACGAGCUGUGAGAUCAGGACCCGAGCCGAGGUUGGACGCUCAACUGACUGAGCCACCCAGGUGCCCCGUCUUCAUUUUUUAAAGAAGAGGAUAUUGCAGAAUAUUUUCAUGAUGUGAAAUGACCAGAAGAGCAGGGAGAUUUGAAAAAUUGAUGAUGUAGGAGAAUGCAGGGAGAAUUAUAGGAAUUCUUGAGCUGGGUGAAGGGGGAUGGGGUAAGCACAUAAAUAAAAUGGGUUGGUUUGAUGAAAACACAAUGUUUUUUUGUUCCUUGUAGCAGGAGGGAACACAGACAUGGGUGAGCUGCUGAGACGUUGUAGAGGGCAUGUGAAAUUUCUUUUCUGGUUGCUUCUAUUUUUUCUUUGAAAGAGAGGAAAUUUAUUAACACCACAAUUUUUCUAUUAUAUUUAAAAAUUUUUUACGUAUUUCUUUCUUUCUUUAUUUUGAGAGAGAUAGAGACAGCAUGAGUGGGGGAGGUGCAGAGACAGAGAGAGAGAGAGAGAGAGAGAGAGAGAGAGAGAAUCCCAAGCAGGCUCCAUCCCUGCCAGCAUAGAACCUGAGGCCAGGCUCGAACCCUCUAAACUGUGAGAUCUUGACCUCAGCCGAAGCCAAGAGCCGCAUGCUCAACCGACUGAGCCACCCAGGUGCCCCAACACCGCACAUUUUUAUCUUCCUCAAGGUCACCAUGCAUCCACGUUUUAUCUGAGAUUUAUGUAGAAUUCUGGGGAAAUGCUGGUCACUAGAACUACUUUUGCUUCCGAAUCCGCGUCUCCUGCCGGGAGACACCCAGCUGUGGAAUUUCGGUCCCACCUCAUUCCAUGAGUGAUGAUCAGAGCCCGGUUUCCUUUAGAGACGGUUUAUAGAGCAUGGUGACCCCUGGCCCUCUCAUGCCCUGCUUUGCUAUGGAGUAGCCCAGAAAGGAAACAUUUCUUGUCUGGCACAGUGAUGUAGCCGGGGUCCCUAAGAGAACACGAUGCAGAGUAGGUGUUCAAUAAA